CUUGCUCUUGCGUGUCAGACGGGGUUACCACUCUUUACCUCUAUAGGUUUACCAGGCGUUACAGUUGACAUACAAUGUUUAACGUGUUAGUGAGGUUAAGUGUGCGUUAACUUUGUGUAGACUAUCGUUACAUGUGGAAACAAACCGGAAAUAUUUUCUACUUUUUGCGAGAUAGUAGGGUUUCACCGCUUCGUACGACAGCUUACAAAAAUAUCAAACAAUUUAGACAUCGCUGCUGGCCUCCUCCUCGGAAAGAAUUUCCGUUAAAUGUGUUUACUUCAUCGUUGUUACUAAUCAAGACAAGAAUUGUGCCGUUUUUCUCGCGUCUGCUGUGUGUACCUGGCUGCUGUCUGUCACACAUGCAGCCGCUGGCGAGGAGACUCAACUCUGUGGAUACAUUUAUGGAGCAAGGUUUAUCCACUGAGCAGGUUAAAAGCGUCUUCGUUCUCGGACGUGAAUGGACAUUUGACUAUUUUGUUACCAAAACAACGCAAGAGGACGUCUUUUUGUUGUUUUUAAGAACCCCCCCUCCAUUUUUUCUAACCUCCGCCGGGAAUAAUUAAGAAGACAGGCGACAUGGUGGUCAACACCAUCCACUGGUUUAGGAAGGGACUGCGGCUGCACGACAACCCGUCUCUACGGGACUCUAUCCGGGAUGCGGACACCCUGCGCUGCGUUUACAUCCUGGACCCCUGGUUCGCAGGGUCCUCCAAUGUGGGCAUCAACAGAUGGAGGUUUUUGUUGCAAUGCUUAGAGGACUUGGAUGCAAGCCUGCGCAAACUCAACUCCCGCUUGUUUGUCAUCAGAGGCCAGCCUACAGAUGUCUUCCCUCGGAUGUUUAAGGAAUGGCAGAUUAACCAUUUAUCUUACGAGUAUGACUCCGAGCCAUUUGGCAAGGAACGUGAUGCUGCCAUCCAAAAACUAGCCAGCGAGGCUGGGGUCGAGGUCACGGUGCGGACUGCACACACUCUGUACAAUCUGGACAAGAUCAUAGAACUCAAUGAUGGUCAGUCUCCUCUUACGUACAAGCGCUUCCAGGCCCUCAUUAACCGUAUGGAUGCUGUGGAGCUGCCUGCAGACACGAUCACUUCGGAUGUUAUUAAAAAUUGUGCCACACCCAUCAGUGAACACCAUGAUGACAAGUUCGGGGUGCCUUCCCUGGAAGAGCUUGGUUUUGAGACAGAGGGCCUAACCACGGCAGUAUGGCCAGGUGGAGAAACUGAAGCCCUCAUCAGGCUAGAGCGGCAUCUGGAGAGAAAGGCAUGGGUGGCGAACUUUGAACGUCCACAUAUGAAUGCCAACUCCCUGCUAUCCAGUCCCACAGGCCUCAGCCCCUACCUGCGCUUUGGAUGUCUCUCCUGUCGGCUCUUCUACUUCAAACUUGAUGAUCUGUACAGGAAGGUCAAGAAGAACAGCACCCCACCUCUUUCCUUGUAUGGCCAGCUGCUGUGGAGGGAGUUCUUCUAUACGACUGCUACCAACAACCCCUGCUUUGACAAGAUGGAGGGAAACCCUGUUUGUGUAUUGAUCCCAUGGGACCGAAACCCAGAGGCGCUGGCCAAGUGGGCAGAGGGACGGACAGGCUUUCCCUGGAUAGACGCCAUUAUGACCCAGCUGAGGCAGGAGGGCUGGAUCCAUCAUUUGGCGAGGCACGCUGUGGCCUGCUUCCUCACCAGGGGGGACCUCUGGGUCAGCUGGGAGGAAGGCAUGAAGGUGUUUGAAGAGUUGCUUAUAGAUGCGGACUGGAGUGUAAAUGCUGGCAGCUGGAUGUGGCUUUCUUGCAGUUCAUUUUUCCAGCAGUUUUUCCACUGCUACUGCCCUGUGGGAUUUGGACGACGCACAGACCCCAAUGGGGACUACAUACGGCGUUAUUUGCCAAUAUUGAGGGGCUUUCCAGCCAAAUACAUCUAUGAUCCUUGGAAUGCCCCAGAGGAAGUCCAGAAGGCAGCCAAGUGUAUCAUAGGAGUCCACUACCCCGGGCCCAUAGUGAACCAUGCUGAGGCCAGCCGCAUCAACAUAGAGCGGAUGAAGCAAAUUUACCAGCAGCUUUCCAGCUACAGAGGACUGGGCCUGCUGGCAACAGUACCUGCCAAUCCCAACAACGGUGCAAAUGGCAGUAAUGUCAGAGGAGUCAACAAGGGGACCAGUCAAGGUCCUGGAGGGUCCUCUGAUGGCAUCUUCAAAUACCCGUUAACGUCUCGAACAGAAAGAGGACAGAAGCGGCGCUGUGAAGAGGCUCCAACCCAAAGCAACUGUAAAUCCUGGAGAAAGAGCAAAUAGUGUGCAAAAGGCAGAAUACAAAGGGUGCCUCCGGCAGUCUGGAUCAAAUGGAUAGCAUCCUCUCCUGCAGUGCUCUCAGCUGACACACAGUGACUUUAACUAACAAUCCAUAACAUGCAUGGUCUCCAGAUCAGAGACAUCACACAUCUCAGGAACAGAGGAAGGAAUUCAGAGGAAAUACUAAUAUCGAAGAGAAAGAACCUUUGAACUGCAGGGUAUAAAAGACAAAAACAAUUGAUCUAUUAAAUCUUGACCUCUCAGGGUGUUGUGAGCCAAUUAUUGUCUUCCUCUACAGUAUGUCACUGUAAAACUGUUGAAACCACUAAUCGUAAUCACCCUUUUUUCCCCUCAACACCCACAUCAGUCAGGCCAGGACAUCAUUUGGGUGAAACUGUGUCAUUCAGCCGAUUAUUAAAUCAGACAAAUGUUUAUCAAGGCAUUAGUUCUCGUAGAUAGUGAGCUGAACAUUUUGCUAAUGUUCGGCUUCGGUAUUUAAAAUCGAUCUCCAUCUGAGUGAUGGGAAUUUAUGACACAAUCCGGAGACUGUGUAAGAUUUGUUGUGUACAGCUGACACCCUCAGCCACUGUGGCACACUGACACAAGAUGACCAGGAUAACAUACAGUUGUAUUUUUUCUCAAAAACAAUCACCCAAAUAUUUCAUAUACUUAUAUUAAAGUCACACUGUCAGGAAUUGUUUGUUUUUUUCAAAGAUUUUUAGUACAUAAAAUUCUGAUGUGCAGUGGUAAUGAAUAUUAAGCAAGACUAUCAGGUUUGAUAAUAAAGCAGGCCUUACAAAUGCCAUCAUACAUUAA